CGGGGCCUCCACAGCUCUGAGCGGGGCGGCAGCCAUGGCUGCUGCGGCUGGAUCAGUUCGCCUGCAGCGGUGCAUGGUGUCGCCGACUGGGAGGCACAGCGCCUCUCUGAUUUUCCUGCACGGCUCAGGUGAUUCUGGAAAAGGAUUGAGAAGGUGGAUCAAGGAGGUUUUAAAUCAAGAUUUAGCAUUCCAACACAUAAAAGUUAUCUACCCAACAGCUCCCGCCAGGCCAUAUACUCCUUUGAAAGGUGGAAUCUCCAAUGUAUGGUUUGACAGAUUUAAAAUAUCUAAUGACUGCCCAGAGCACCUUGAAUCAAUUGAUGUGAUGUGUCAAGUGCUGACAGACCUGAUUGAUGAUGAAGUAAAAACUGGCAUCAACAAGAAUAGGAUAUUAGUAGGAGGAUUUUCAAUGGGAGGCUGCAUGGCUAUGCACUUAGCAUAUAGAAAUCAUCACGAUGUGGCAGGAGUUUUUGCUCUUUCUAGUUUUCUAAAUAAAACAUCUGCUGUUUACCAGGCUCUUCAGAAAAGUGAUGGUGUACGCCCUGAAUUAUUUCAGUGCCAUGGUACUGCAGAUGAGUUAGUUCUUCAUUCUUGGGGUGAAGAGACAAACUCCAUGUUAAAAUCUCUAGGAGUGAGCACAAAGUUUCACAGUUUGCCAGGUGUUUACCAUGAACUAAGCAAAGGUGAACUAGAAAAGCUGAAGUCUUGGAUUCUUACAAAACUACCGGGAGAAACAGAAAGGCAAAUUGAGUGAAUCAAGAUUGAUAUGUUAAUAUACAUGUAAUGUCUUUGUGAAAAAUAAAGUUUACUGCCAAAUUAUAACUUGAUCAGUGAUAAUUAAAAUAUUAA